AUGGAAAGCAGAAGCGAAUUCCUAUAUUCACUCCUCGUCGUCCUCCUCCUCCAAGCUCUCCUUGGCACCUCCGCGAGAGGAGGAGGCGGCGGCAUCGCCAUCUACUGGGGGCAAAACGGUAACGAAGGCACUCUCGCCGACACCUGUGCCACCGGCAGAUUCGCCUACGUCAACAUCGCCUUCCUCAACAAAUUCGGCGGAGGCCAAACCCCCGAGCUCAACCUCGCCGGCCACUGCAACCCCGCCACCAACUCCUGCCGCGUGGUCAGCGACGGCAUCCGCGCCUGCCAGAGGCUCGGAAUCAAGGUCAUGCUCUCCAUCGGCGGCGGCAUCGGAAACUACUCUCUCUCCUCCACAGAUGACGCCCUAGCGUUCUCAAUUUACCUAUGGAACAAUUUCCUCGGCGGCAAAUCCGCCUCCCGCCCCCUCGGCGACGCCGUUCUGGACGGCGUCGACUUGGAUGUGGAGCACGGAUCGACGCUGUACUACGACGAUCUGGUGAGAGAUCUGAAGCGAUUGGGGAAAUACGGGAGGAGAGUGUACGUGAGCGGCGCGCCGCAGUGCCCCUUCCCCGAUCGGGUUUUGGGGGCGGCGCUGAACACGAGCCUCUUCGAUUACGUUUGGGUGCAGUUCUACAAUAAUCCGCCGUGCCAGUACGCGUCGGGAAACUCGGGGAAUUUGGUGAAUUCGUGGAUGCGGUGGACGCGAUCGGUGAAGGCGGGGAAGAUAUUUCUAGGGCUGCCGGCGGCACCGCAGGCCGCGGGGAGCGGAUUCAUUGCGGCGGAUGUGCUAACUGCGGAGAUUCUACCGGUGAUUCGGAGGUCGAGGAAGUACGGCGGAGUGAUGCUGUGGUCCAAGUAUUGGGAUGAUCAGAGUGGUUACAGCUCCGCCAUUGUUGCAAAAGUCUGAAAUUUGGGAAGUUUAUUUGGUUUCGCGAUUUGCAUGAAACGCAACGCAUUUUCUUAUGAUUGAAAUCAAAAUAAAAUUUAACUUAAUUUAUAAAUUUUAUAAAUAAAAUAAAGUUUUAUUUUA